AUGGUGAUCGAACUCAACCAAGCAGAUAUUAGAGAUGCCUUUCAAAGCCAGUUAUGCGUGCCGGACGAUAACCUUGAAGACGUCGAAUUUUUCCCCAAUUUUUUGGAUGAUUUGAUUCAAUUGUCGGCGUGUGUCGACCCUUUCGACGAAAUCGACGGCCCAUUAGAUGGUGUUUACUGUGAGGAGGAUUUGUGGAAAGCUUACGAGCCAGAGACUAAAGAUUCACGAGAGUAUUCUCAAGAACGAGAAUUUGAAGGGGUGUACGGUUGUGUGUACGGGCAAAAAAUUAAAGGGAAAGCUUCCCGAAAACGGUCGAGGAAAUCGGGUUUGUCGAUAUCGAGGAGGAGAUGUAGCCACUGCCAGGCCGAGAAGACCCCGCAGUGGAGAGCGGGCCCGAAUGGGCCGAGGUCUUUGUGCAAUGCCUGUGGCGUGAGGUACAAGUCGGGGCGCCUGCUUCCGGAAUACCGCCCGGUCGCCAGCCCGAGUUUCGAUAGCAAAAAACAUUCCAACUUUCAUCGGAAGAUAGUCGAGAAGAAGCAAGUGAAUGGUGUGAUUUGA